AUGGAGACGACCAAGCUGCCUCCGACCAGCCCGUCCUCGCCGACGACCAGCUUCUCGGUGCCGUCCGCGGAGAAGGUGGACGGCUUCCCGCGGAGGUCGAUGCGCAGAGCCCGGCAGAGGAGGUCCCACAGCUCGUCCCAGUUCCGCUACCAGAGCUCCCAGGUGGAGCUCACCCCACUGCCCCUGCUCAAAGACGCCCCGGUGGCAGAGUUACACGACCUGUUCUGUAAGAAGCUGCAGCAGUGCUGCGUGCUGUUCGAUUUCCUGGACUGCGUGGCCGACCUGAAGGGGAAGGAGAUCAAACGUGCGGCGCUCAACGAGCUGGUGGAGAGCGUGGCCACGAGCAGAGGAGUCCUCAUCGAGCCUUUGUACCCAGAGGCUAUAAAGAUGAUCUCGGUAAAUAUCUUCCGUACUCUCCCACCAAGCGAGAAUCCAGAGUUUGACCCUGAGGAAGACGAGCCAACACUCGAAGCCUCCUGGCCGCAUCUGCAGCUGGUGUACGAGUUCUUUCUGCGUUUCCUGGAGAGCCCGGACUUCCAGCCCUCCAUGGCCAAACGCUACGUUGACCAGAAGUUUGUCCUGCAGCUCCUGGAGCUGUUUGACAGCGAGGACCCCCGGGAAAGGGAGUACCUAAAGACCAUCCUGCACCGCGUCUAUGGAAAACUACUGGGCCUCCGAGCCUACAUCCGCAAACAGAUCAACAACAUCUUCCUCAGGUUCAUAUAUGAAACUGAGCACUUCAACGGUGUCGCGGAGCUUCUGGAAAUCCUCGGCAGCAUCAUAAAUGGCUUCGCCCUGCCCCUGAAGGCUGAACACAAGCAGUUCCUGGUUCGGGUCCUCAUCCCGCUACACACGGCCAAGUCCCUUUCCAUCUUCCACGCACAGCUGGCCUACUGUGUGGUGCAGUUUAUGGAGAAAGACGCGACAGUGACUGAAUAUAUCAUCAGAGGGCUGCUCAAGUACUGGCCAAAAACCUGCACGCAGAAAGAGGUGAUGUUCCUGGGGGAGAUUGAGGAGAUCCUGGAUGUGAUCGAGCCGUCUCAGUUCAUCCGGGUCCAGGAGCCGCUCUUCAAACAGAUCGCAGCCUGUAUCUCCAGCCCUCACUUCCAGGUAGCGGAGCGGGCUCUUUACUUCUGGAACAACGAAUACAUCCUCAGUCUGAUAGAGGAGAACUGUCAAGUCAUCCUGCCGCUGGUGUUCGCCACCCUCUACAGAGUCUCCAAGGAUCACUGGAACCAGACCAUUGUGUCUCUGAUCUACAACGUGCUGAAGACCUUCAUGGAGAUGAACAGCAAGUUGUUUGAUGACCUCACUGCCUCCUACAAAGUGGAGAAACAGAAGUGA